AUGUCCGACGAUGACUUUAUGAUGGAUGAUGGCGCGGAUGAGGAGUAUGAUUUUGAUUACGAAGAUGAUGAUCAAGAAGAUGUUGAUGCAGAUAUCGAAAACAAAUAUUAUCACGCGAAGAAUAAUAAAGUGGAAAACCCUGAAAAGGCUUUAGAAGAUUGGAGGAGUAUUGUUGAAACAGAGGAUCCUAAGGGAGAAUGGGGCUUCAAGGCACUCAAACAAAGUACCAAGUUGAACUUUCGUCGAGGAAAAUAUAAGGAAGCACUAGCAACCUAUACAGAACUACUGGGAUAUUGUCGCACUGCUGUCACUCGAAAUGCGUCGGAAAAGUCUAUCAACGGAAUAUUGGAUUACGUGAGUGCAGCACAGGACUUGGACACACAUCUCAUGCAACAAUGGUAUGAAGUCACUCAGAAGGCUUUGGAUGAAUCAAAAAAUGAGCGACUCAGCGUGAAGACGGAUCUCAAGUUGGCCAAAAUAUGGCUUGACCGGAAAGAGUAUGCUGGACUAGAACAGGUCAUCACCAAAUUGCAUGCUGCGAUCGAUGGGCCGACCGCUUCAUCGAAUGCAGAGGGUUCACAGCAGCGAAAGGAAUCAAUCGAAUCUGAUAACUCGAUCGGUACGCUUUUGUUAGAAGUUCUAGCGAUUGAAAUUCAAAUGUACACAGAUCGCAAAGAGAGCAAAAAACUUCGAAAAAUAUACGAUCAAACUUUGAACGUCAAAUCUACUAUUCCUCAUCCUAGGAUCAUGGGUAUCAUCCGAGAAUGUGGAGGCAAAAUGCAUAUGUCAGAAAAGGAAUGGGCAAAGGCUCAGAUCGAUUUUUUCGAAGCGUUCAAGAACUAUGAUGAGGCAGGAUCACCUCAACGGAUAUCUUCGUUGAAAUACUUGGUUUUGGCUCAUAUGUUGAUGGAUAGCGAGAUUGAUCCGUUUGACUCACAAGAAACCAAACCGUAUAAGCAAGACCCUCAAAUCGUAGCGAUGACUAAUCUGGUUUCCGCCUACCAAGUCAGAGAUGUCCAUGAAGCUGAAAAGAUACUUAAAACUAACAAAGCGACGAUCAUGGACGACCCAUUCAUUGCCAUGUAUAUACAAGAUGUUCUCGUCUCACUGAGAACUCAGUGGAUUUUGACCAUGUUAAAGUCCUAUACUCGAAUCGAGGUAUCAUACUUGGCCAAACAAUUGAGAAUCACGGACGCCGAGGUUGAAGAUAUGCUUGUACUUUUGAUCUUGGAUAAUAAAAUCGAAGGCAAACUUGAUCAACCACGUGGUAUACUAACUUUACAUUCAAAACCUGCACUUGAUCAAAAACGAUAUGCAGCUCUAGAAAAAUGGAACACGGAUCUUAAUCGAUUACAUUCGAACUUGAUGCAGAAGACAAGUAUGGCAGGCCACAAUAAUAUGGGGCUUGUAGGAACUGGAUUACCUGAUUUUAUGUGA